AUGCGCGUACUCAUCCUCGGUGCCUCAGGUUUCAUUGGCUUUCCAGCUGCGCAGGCCUUCGUCCGUGCAGGGCACAUAGUGUACGGUGUAACUCGUUCUCAGGAGAAGGCGAAACAACUUGCUGGAGAGGAGAUCAUCCCAAUCGUUGCCGAGGUGGCCGACCGUACCAAAUGGCUCCCCCUCGUCGCGACACUUGACGCGAUUGUCGAUGCCCUCGGUGGCUCUGACCUCCAGAAAAUCUGCUCGGAUAACUUCAACGAGACGGUGGCUGCCGCGCGGGAGCUCCGCCCUGCCCAUGCCCCGAAGCUGGGGUACAUCUAUACGUCUGGCGCCUGGGUGCAUGGCGACAACCGCACGGAUAUCAUCACCGACACAACCCCGAUCGCAUCGUCCAUCGAGCUGACGAGUUGGCGCCCGGCAGUAGAGCAGGUGAUUGCAACUAGCUCCGCCGUAAACGGCCUCGUCAUCCGCCCGUCUCUCCUCUACGGACGCUCCGGAUCGCUCCUCGCGCUUAUGUUCAAGAGCGCAUACGAGGGCAAGGCGAAGUGGUUCGGCACACCUGGCGGGAGGUUCUCGUUGAUCCACCAGGAUGAUCUAGCUACGAUGUUCGUGCUUGCCGCCGAGAAGUCGUCCAUCCUGGGUGGCACGAUCUUCGAUGCUGCCAACGACUUUUCGGAGAGCGUGGAUGAGAUUCUGCAGAAGCUCGUGCAGAUAUCAGGAGCGAGUGGAUAUGAGUACCUACAGCCCACCAACCUAUUCCAAGUUGCUCUCGGUACUUCCUCGUCUCUGCGUCCUUAUCUAGCUCGGUCUUUACUGGGGUGGCAACCUUGCAAGGCUGGUUUAAUUGACCACCUUGAUAUCUACUACAAUGCGUGGAAAGCGAAUCGAGUGCACAAAAAAUCACUAAGAGAAAAAGCAAAAAUAUAG